AUGAGGGCUUGCUCGGCGACAUUAGUCCUUACGUUGCUUCUGCUUAUUGUCAGAAGAUCUGACGAAGCUGAAGAAAAAGAGUAAGAUUUAUUUCUUAUAGGUAGUCACGCACUUUAUAAAAAUAUUAUUAAGAUACUUUUGGCUUAAACUUUGCCUUUCAGGGACAAGAGCGAGUAUUGGUAAAAUUUCCCUUGAAACCAAAUUUCAAUCCAGUCUUCUCUAGCAGUACUUUCAUUGAUUAUUUUGCUAAGAUUACUGAAGGAAAUUUAAUUAUUCGCGAAUUUUCUAUCUGUUCUAUUUUUUCUGUCGUGUGCUACAGUCCGUGUCGAAUGUUUCAACCGAAUUUUGAAGAACAGCAAAAUGGGGCGACGACUAUUCGGCAUGCUGUUUGUGUUCAAAACAGUGGCGAUAGAGGAAAUUAAUAUGAGUAUAUUCAUAGCAUAAAAAAUCUAGAGGAAAGAGUUAUUUCUGUCGCGCCUUGUCAUUCUCUGUUUUCGCAAAAGAAAAAGUAAUCUACUCAGGUCUUUUAAUUGACGAAAAGAAAGCAUAAUGUAAUUAUUGAUUUUGAAGUAAAAUGACGCCAGUUCGUGUUUAAAUAAUCUCAUGAAAUGAUCUCUUUCAUGCUGUUAAGUAGAUGGCAUUGUUAGCAGAAUAGAGUUGUUUACAACGAAGAAAGGCAGAAUAUGUUAUGUGACUUAAGACUUCAAAACGUUUUGGCCGAAAAGAGAAAAAAUGUCAAAUUUAUCAAAGAAAAUUGUGACGAUAUUGAUCUUGCUCUAUGAUCUGAAUAUAUGGUCAAAAAAGGUAAGCGAAGAGUGCCAACUUUAAGCUGUUUUACUAUGCGGAUCAGUCUUUGAUUAAAUAUGUUUUUACUUCUUUCAAAUAACAAAGAAAAUUGAAAAGGAUAAACAUUUUAUGGAAGGUUGUCCGCGUUAUGGCCAUCAGACGAGAGGUCAGAGAAAUAUGAUAUCACAAAGUAAUUUAUUAUACUUUAAAAACUUGCAGUUCAUUUAUUUGAUUGGUUCCUUAUGUGGGCAAAAUAUAAUAUUAUCUACUAGUAGUUUCUUCCUUAGCACUAAACAUCUACCUAUUUUCGCCAAUUGAGAAAAUACGAGGUCAAAUGAAAACUGACCUCAAUGCACUUUUCUUGGAAACCUUUUGUACUAAUUUGACUUUCUAUCUGCCCCGUAUUAUAAUCAGAUAGUCUUUCUCUUCAUUAUAGAGCACUGAAAGACUAUGCUAAAUCCAUGGAGCGGGCCUUAAAACUUUCACAGAAAAUAAAUGAAGCUUUAGCAGUACAUGACAAGAAGGUGCGACCAAACGCAGGAGGUAAGAACAGCUUGUAACUAGUAAAGAGUUCACUGUCAUUUCAACUGGUAAUGAUGACAAUAUCUGCGCGUCACAACCGUUCAUCAACUCCGUUAAGCUACUCUUGAGGUAGAAUUUUAUGUUCUACGAUUAAUUUUUCGAUUCUCGUUGUAACAGCUUCGAUAUUCUAUAGAUGAAGGAGGAGAGAAAUAUACAGAAGGUCACAAAGGUUCAGUCUAGAAGGGGAUAAAAUGAAAAAACGUACAUUUCGUGUAUAUGAUUUCUCUCACAGGUCCACCAGUUAUGGUUGAUGUAGAAUUCAAAAUUAUCUCAAUUGGAGAAAUUAAAGAAGCUCAGAUGGUAAGAGGCACUCAUAGAUUUGAUUGAGUUUACACAAUGUCGUGCGAUUGUUCCGUGUAUUGCUGAUCAUUUACCUCUCUUCUUCGUAAGUUCGAAGGCAACCUUUAAACCAGCUACUUGCUUAAGUUGUCAUAACUAUCAGCAUCAUAACUGUUAUUAUCUUUUCUUUUAUGGAAGACCUUAUUGUAAAAUUGUCGUCUUUCAUAAAGUGCAAUUACGAGCCCAAUAGCUUAAUAUGCAAUUAUUCUAUGUAUAAAAGCAGACAAAAAAAACAAUUAGAUUACGAAUAAAACCAAGAAUAAAAUAAUAACAAUCAAUGAUAACAACUUUUUUAACAACAACACGGUCUAAUCUAGGAUUAAUCUUCGCGGAUUAUUAUUAUCUAUUAUUAUUAUUUAUUAUCAUUAUUAUUAUCAUUGUUAUUAAUGGCUCUUAUGGUUGGAUAACAAAUAUCAUUAGAUUGGAUUGAUUGCUGAGUAUAUGAGGUCAGCUUAUCUAUUAAUCCUGACCUUUUACCUAUAAAGGAAUACACAAUGGAUAUAUUCUUCCGUCAAUGGUGGACUGACCCAAGAAUGGCACAUAAUAUGAGCACGCCUUUCAAUAUGGCAGGAGACGCAACUCAAAUGAUCUGGACACCAGAUACGUUUUUCUGGAAUGUCAAAGCAGCAAAAUAUCACAGGGUAACGCGAGAAAAUAUGAGAAUAAAAAUACAUGGAGAUGGCAAAGUCUACUUCAGCACAAGGUAACGUGACCGGUAAUGCACAUACAUGUAAAAAAUUAUUGUAAAUGUUUAUUAUAAUUUUUAUUAUUUCGCAACCACAACACUUCAAGUAACUAAAAAAAACAAGCGUGUGUCUUUCCAGGGCGAUUGGGCUGGUUUCUAGAUAAGUGGGAUUUUAGCCAAUCAGAAACGGAGAAAUAUUUUAAUUGAAUAAUAAAACUGACUCAUACCCGUUUCCGAAGUGCAGGGAUUAAAAAAUAGAGAGAUUUGUACCACGUGGUCAAGUAUAUCCUUGACUCUAAAUAUAUAUAUUAAUUUGGCCCGGUUGAGGUCAAACAAACAAAUAAACAAACUCGAAAACCCUGCCCGCCCCUUAAUUAUUAUUACUAAGAGUUACAUAGGUGACAGUUCUUAAGGGUGUCAGCUGCUAGAGGUUCUCAAUGUCCACGUUUCUCACCUGGUUCUCAAAAGAAGCAAGUGUUGCAGAACUCUUGAUAAGCAUACUUAGUUUGGGCCAUAUUAUAUAUACGUAGUAUCUAUUCUUGGAAUCCAAAAAUUGUCUUAAUUUGUCAGGUUAUAACUUUGGUUGUUUAGGGUGGCUCGACUGGAUUUUUAGGGAGUAUACUUCCCCACUUCGAGCGUUUACCACGUCGGCAUUAACAAAGAUAACUCAAAAAGGUUACCACAGCUGCACUGUAUAAAGAUGAAAGUUCGAUAUUUUUAUGUAUCGGCCAUCAAUCUCUAGGUUUAAUUAAGGUUUGACAUAUAUUCCGUUCUUUUUAGGAUUACUUUUACAGCGCAAUGUGAUAUGAAUCUUCGCAUGUAUCCAAUGGACAUUCAAGUUUGCCCUUUAACUAUAGAGAGUUGUAAGUACAAUCUCUUUCUCCUGAUAACCCUGGUUUUAUCAUGUUUUCAGUCAGAUUUGUCCUAAAGAUUUUGUUUAAAGUAAUAACCGUCUGAAGUGAAAGUAACUGCAGUCGUUUGGUGAGCCAAUACUUUGCUUCCUGAUCGUUUAAAGUACGUUGACCGGCUUUUAAUUGUUUGUCUCAAAUGACACUCCUGUUAUUAUUUACUAAUUUUUUCUCACGUAACAAUUGCAAGCUUGGGAAUGGGAACCAAGAGCGUCUCUUUAAAAAGUCGACAGUCAAAUUGUAAACACAAUGAAAUCUAAAAACAGAUCGCGGCAAGUCGACUACGCUGUGACACUAUACUAAUACUUGGGAUGGAUCGACAUUCCAACUUCAACUUCAACUUUAUUUGCACUGUUCAGAUGAAUUUAUCUUACACAUACGGAAUAUAUAAUUUUCUUACAGAAUUGUACUAUAUUCAAAUAUUAUAAACUGAAAAUCUAGAGAGGAUAUGCACAGUGGCCAAAGGGGCCGAGGCUUUCGAGUUGGCCAGUGUCAUGUUAAAAAUAUUAAAUCAGAAAAAGCCAAGAUUUAUAUUCGUUAAGAUAAACGGACACAUUAUUAGCAAAAUCUACAGUAAAUAUUAUACUAAAGGCCUGUUUACAUGGAGGUGGGGGACCCCAGGCAGGUGAGGUAACCGGCUUAGGUGGGGUAACCCGCCUGUCCAUAUAAUCUCAUUUUAAUUUAAUUACGUUUGCAUGAUAACUGGGGUGACCCGCCACAUGUUACCUCACCUAUUCGGGGUCCCCCACCUCCACGUAAACAAGCCCUAACUGAAGCAUAGCUUAACCUGGGGGCUCAUUCACGCGCUCAUUCAUUCCGUGUGAUAGGCUCCUCAUUAGUGACAAAGAGUCUCUUCCACGUUUCAGAUGCACAUACCACAGAAGAUGUUGAUUACCGAUGGAAAGGAGGCAAGUCACAGGGUGUUGAGAUUGUCUCCAAGGAAAUGGCUCAGUUUGAAUUUGUCGGAGCCAAAACGUCGACUAAGGCAAACACCAAUAGCAAAGGUAAGUAAUUUUAAUCAGUUAAGAUAACAUUUGUAGCAUAUUCGUUUAUGCCAUUUCACUGCUCAUUUUUUUUAAUUAUUAUUUUUGAUUUUACGGACUUUAAAAUGAGUUAUUCUUUACAUGCACAGACUAGAGUUUGCCUUUUUUGUCUGUAAAUAAAGGAUCUUUUGCCAGUCUGCGAGCGUUUUUUACCUUCAAGCGUCGUGUAUCGUACUUCAUUACUGCCACCUAUAUGCCAGCAGUGGUGCUUGUGAUUCUAAGUUGGUGUUGCUUUUGGAUCCAUCGUUCUGCUGUUCCGGCACGAGUAACUCUCUCCAUAACAACUAUUCUAACUACCAUUUUGCUGUAUGGCUCGGUCAACUCCAACAUGCCCAAGGUAAUUUUACUGAAAUAAACAAACUUUAGGCAGAUACUGCAAUGAAAGAAAAGCGUUGCGAACAAAAAACAUGAUCAGUUUGAUAGAAACCAAUAACGCAGGUCUGUACCCAAAGACAAAGUUUCUUAGCCCUCAUUUCUGCUUUCACUGUUAUUUCAGGGUAUUUCUUCUCCUGGAAAUCCGAAGUACACGACGAUCACUUCCAUCGAGGCCCAUUGCCAUAGCCAUGUAUUUUGCUAGCUAUCUACACACACUUUAAACACUAGAAGAGUAACACGAUCUGGUGGCGUCCUAUACGCAUUGUUAGCUCUCCACGUAAAUUCUGAGAGUCUGCAAAGUAGUCAAAGUAGCCCUCUCUUUAAGACCUUUAUUUGUCUCUAAUUAGACAUUUUCAAAUUGUGCCCUUUUAUUAUAUAGCUUGAAAUUUUACCCUUUUAUGAGUUACUUCCUACCAAAAGUCGCUGAGAGGGGCAAAGCAUUGCAGAAUCUAUCAAGUCAGAGGAUAACAGUUACCAGCGAAUGUUGAAGCUCGUUGCGAUUUGCGUUAAUAAAAUUGUUCACAUACUGAGAAAUUUUCCUUCGUGGGAUAACAGUUUAGUUUUAAAACAACUGGGCCCUCGAGAAACUUGCUAAUUUUGUCGUCCGAGAAUUUCUGUGUUUUCUUGAGGGACCAGCCUGUUACAGUUAACUUUAUAUUUAGAGCAGUGUGACAAGAAAAAGUAUUUUUAAGAGAACAGUCAAGUUUAUUGUUUUUACAAAAGAAUAAUUUGACAAGCUUAGUAGGCACAAACAGAGGGUAAAAUAUUCCGUUUCAGAAGUAUAACAUAGUGUUUAAGGUUAUAACUUUGAAGCGGUCACUGUUUCUUCUAAAGUCAACAUCACUUUAAGUAUCAAUAUCAUGGCCGCCUAUAGGUUCUAAUGAUGUACAAAAUUAUGCAAGCACUACAGUUUCGUCAUGUUGCUUCUUUUCUUUAGCUCUAUGCUUAUUAUCUUGGCUUACUUGUGUGGCAUAACGAUGCAUUCAUAAACACUGAGAUUAUAAACUUCGUUACUAAACUUAAUGCGUCGUAUUAGUGAAAACAAGCCUUAAUACUAAUGGCUUAAAUUUGGUUUUUUGGUAGGUCAGUUACAGUAAAGCUAUCGAUUACUUUCUGAUGACGUCGCUGGGUUUUAUAUUUAUGGCACUACUGGAAUACAUCCUUGUGCUUAACACGGAUCCACGUUUCUGUACACAAAGACGAAAAGAAGAAAGAGAUGAAAAGAUGAAGUCAUUAUACAAGGUAAGGUGUCGAUUCUUUGAGCUCUUUUCAAGCAAAAGAGCGUAGGCUUAGCUACAUAAUUCCCCACAUAUGGCCUGAAAUUAUUUCCAGAGUUUCCCGAAAAAAGCUCUAAAAUCAUUUUCGAAAUGUCUUAAAUUCCCCAAAAACUCUCUAAAAUUCCCAAACAUUUACAAAAAUUUUCGGCUUCUUUUGAUAGCGAGGGCCCCUUUUGGUGAAUAACCGCUGAUAAGUUGUAGUGUAGACGACUCUGAUGAAAAACACUGAUUAGUUGUGCACAUUGGACAGUACGCUAGACACUGCUGUAGCAUUUAAGCGGACUGAGCCCUUGAUCGGUAGGAAUACAACAAAAACGUUUUGUUGAACUGUUCAAAAUGCUCUAAAAUUCUUGAAUUUGUCGACUUUUUCCCUGAAAUUCCCGAGAAUUUCUAAAAUUCUUUUUGAUGUCUAAAAUUCCAAAACAAAUUUCCGAAAUUAGGUAGCUAAGCCUAAAAGAGCGUUUCCACAUGACGUCACGGCGGCCAUGUUGGUGUCCAAAUCAAAUCGUGUGGAAGUUUAAAAACUCUUUUACGAUGCAUAGCUUUCCUUUUUUCCUAUAAAUUUUGCAUAGAUGCUUGCCACGUUAGAGAAACGCUCUCAGUGUAAACACUUAAAUUAAAACGAAGUUCCUCAUUCAAGACCUUUUUGCAGCCACUAAAGCAGUCAACAAAAAUGUAUUAAAUUUUAAAUUACUCAAUUCUGAUUGGCUGAGAAAGGAGUGCAGCUCUUCUGUAACACGAGUGCAAAAUGUGUAACACGAGUGCAAACUUGUAACACGAGUGCAAAUUACAAAUGGUUUCUGAUUGGCCGAAAACACAAAAGAAACCAACAAGAACCAAUCAGAUUAGAGCUGUUUUAACAACACAGAUUCAAGAAAAUGGCCAUGGUUUUCAGCAGACGACGACGGGAUUAAAUUUUGUAAGCAAAACAACAAUAGAAAAGUUUAAAAAAAUAUCCCAAAAAAACCCAAACACGGUAAAAAGUACGUCUUUCUCGCUAAAUGUAUUGAAAAUGCGUUGCUAAGAGAAAAAUACUGUCGACAAAAUCGAGGAAAAUGAGCCAGAGAAACUAAAAAAAAAGCUACUCAUAACAGACUACGCUAAAGUAAAAAAAAUAAAGAACAAAAACGGUUGCAACAACACGCAAACCAUGACAGCUACACUCUCCAGGCAUUUAAAUGAACAAGGAUUAUUCAAUGAUAUCAACAGGGAUUUCAAGUCAUGUACGUUAUUUGUUGCUCUCUUUGAGUCUUUUGUGGAGCGAAGACCUCUAGUAAAACAUCCAUGUGAUGGUCUGUUUUUUUCCCACCUCAGUAGCAAACGAAACUGAAAAUUUAAACUUCUGGUCCAAACUAAACCAAUGGGUGAAAAUACCACAACUCACAUGAAAAGUAUCCGUAGCUGGUACUAGCCUUAAAGAAAGUGAGAAAAAAGUUUACGAAUCAUUGUGCAAGAAAAACAACAUGCAGUCAGGUGAAGAAAGCAAAGAUUGUAAUUUCAGAACAUAUCCUCAGUGUCACAGGCCACAGAGGUAUAAAUUUCCUUAACGACUACGAUGAAGCCGACGAAGAAGAGCUACGAUGAAUCUUGCAUUAGCCCAAAUAAAAUAAUGAAAACUCCAGCGCUGAGAAAAAGCAAAUAUUAUAUUAAUACUGACAGUUUCCGACAUCACAACAACUGUGGCUCCACUCACCCAUCGAUGGUAGCGUCGAAAGAAAACAAAUUGCCUCCUUCAUUUUCGGGUCUUAAAUCUCAAAAAUUUGUCCAUGAAUCCAGCUAUGAUGGGGUCUCAGGAACAGACAAUGAUAAACAGUCGUUAGAAAUCCUUAGCAAGUGUCUUUCAUCUUUGGCAACUCGAAGCGUUCUCCUGAUUUAAAAACGGCAGUAUACUUCUUGAAAACGCCUCUUGUAAACGCCGAGCUCUCAUAAUCGAGGAUGAAUUUAAAAACACUUACUUUUGCUGAUUGUUGUAAACCAAGUUAUCUUUAACAGGCUGGUGAUCAUAUAAAAAAAUCCUUGCACAUUUCCAAGUUCUUAGCUGAAUGAUUUUGAAAGCGUUGGUCUUGAAAAAGUUUGAAUUUGACAAAGGUAGUAGUCUGUUUCAGCCAAUCAGUUGAAUGAACUAAAAACGCGCGCAGUCAAAAUUUGUUGUCAUAGUUAUGUUUUUCGUGUAUAUUAUUAAUAAGUAAUCACAUGAUUUUUCUCUUGCAAUUUAGAUUAAAUAAGCACUUGUAUAUUUUUCAAAGACCACAAAGUGCACUCGCCCUACGGGCUCGUGCUCUUUUGUUAGUCUUUGAAAAAUUUACUCGUGCUUAUUUAUUCCAAAUUGCACUCGAAAUCAUGUGAUUACCUAUACUUACUGAUACCUUUUUUUUUGUCAGUUUGUUUCAAUCCCGUUAACCAAUGAUAGAUAUCUGACGCAAGCGCUAUUUUGGCAACCAGUAAUUUUUUACAAUUAUUAUUUAAAAAGUAGUUUAAGAAUAUGUUUAAUUGAUUCGAUCAUUUCUAGGAGAUUCCUCCUGACACCCUUGUGGGCUUAAUGGAUGGAAAGAACAAACCAGAUGAACUUCCCAUGAUGCCCUUAAACGGAGACAGCAAGAUGAUUGACAAGGAGCCGCCCAAGACGCCAGAAAAUGUUAAGAAUCAUUGGAUCGACUGCGUAUCCAGAGUUCUUUUUCCAGUGAUUUACUUCUCAUUUAUAAUUUUUUACUGGAUAUACUACUUAAAUCACCCUGAUUCCGCGCUCAGUAACAAAGUGCAGGAAUAACGUUGACGCUUAACAAGACCUGGG